AUUAAUUAAAUUAAACAUUCGGAUUCACUAAUAUAAUAAUUAUAAACAUUGAAACUGCCUACUUGCCGGCAAAACACAAUUUUCCGGUAGAAAGUCUGCAACCUAUUUCCCGCUACUAAAUUUCUGUUGUUUUUAACUUUUCUGAAAUGGUCAAGUCGGGCCAUAAAAAAUUCUUGAAAAAAGAAAAAUCCAAAGUCAAGUUGAAAAUAUCUCAUAAGACUUUGUUGCCCAAAGGACAGAAUGUGACGGACACGAAUUUCAAAGUAAAGAAAAUCGUACUGCAAGGCCAGUUGAGAGAACGCGGCGAGCAUGAAAUACUUUCCAAAGGCAAUCUUAACAUAAAAGAAUUGCUUACCAGACUCAAUCAUCACAACUUAUGGCAAAGGCAGUCUGCACUGGAGGGUCUCAACGAUCUAGUAGCGUUUUAUCCACCACAAACCAUGGCCGUCCACUUGUCUUCUUUUUUGGAAGCCGCGUCGCGUCUUACUCUCGAUUGCGAGUCGGAUAUUCGUAAACUAGCUGUCAAAUUAUUGUCAUCUGUGCUGUCGGCAGUCAAUGAAGAGCAAGUAGCCCCUUCUUUCGAAAUCGUCACUAGAUAUUUGGCCUGUGCUAUGAGUCAUAUUAACUCCGCAGUAAGAGAAACUUCACUUAAAGUGCUUGAAGUUCUUAUAGAAAAAAAUCCAAAAUUAACGGCUACUCAUUGUCAGUCUGUUGUGUUGCCGGGAUUUUUAGAUUUAAUUUCAUCGAAAUUAAGUGAUACGGGUUCUCGUAAACUUACUAUUCAAAUAAAUGAUCAGUCGUCCACGAGUGUAUGGCGGUUAAAAGUGUUAAAUAGUCUUCGUUCUUUAUUGAGCGCUGUUGUUGAAAACACAUCACAAGAAUCUAAAAGUUCCGUUGUAUUAAACAGAACAGUCAACUGGAAAGAUUCUUGUCAUCUGUGUGUUCCUUUGUACAAUGAGCACAGUUUCAAAGUAGCUCCUUUAGAUUUAAAUAUUAAACGAAUGUGUGAAGUCAACUCUUCAAUGAAUGAAAUUCAAAAAUACACUGUUUCAUUAAUGCCACUACUGAUUGAUACGUUUCUCGAAGUCGCUCCAGGAAAACGAGAAAACAAGAAUAGUUCGGAAUUAUCUGUGCAAACUGUUUCAAUUUUGAAAUGCAUUAUUGAGAUUAUACUUCUCUUAUGGAAAAUCUUCCAACAUUCAGACAACCCAUCUGAACUAAUGCUUUGGUUCAGUGACAGUUACGGUGAUAAAAUAUGUCAAACAUUUUUUUCAACGGGCUUUCCAUAUUAUAUGCUCAACACCGGUGGUACAACAGAUAAAGUCAAAAAACAUAAGACUGACGCCGAUGUUGUAUUGGAUUUAUUUGGUGACAGUAUGAUACAAAAUGAUAGCAAGUGCACAAAACAAAAUAUAGACCUUUGCCUUGUAUACUUGUUGCUCAGUAAAUACAAAGUUUUACCUGUAUCAAUCAAAACAAUAUCAAUCUACAUUAACGAUUUAUUAGAUUCCUACAAACAACUUGAACAUCAUUCAUUUAUCACACUUAUGCAUUGUUUGGAGGUCGUUCUUGACAAUGGAAAUGCCAAUAAAGUCGAUAAUGUAUUUGAUUUGAACGCUGUUAUUGACAAAUUAGUAGGCAUUCAUAAUGAUAUGGUGGUCAACGAUGGACGACAUAGGCAUGAAAAAACUAAAUUAGUGUUUAACUUUUUAUGUUCAAUUGCUUCAAAACCAUAUUUAAAAAUGUCUGAACAAGUCGAAGAAUAUAGCAAUUGGUUGACUUUAUUACCGGAAUUUUUAUGUCAACGUAGAGUACCUUAUCAUAUAGUGAAGGCUUUAUCAAAUGUGGCCAGGUACAAUUUACCGCAGUUUACCAAAUCAUUAAAUUUAUUGAAACCAGCUAUUUUAGAUAACGUAGACAUUAUUGCGGACAACAAAGCUGAUAAGAUUGAAGGACAAACAAUGUUAAAAGAUAUUAUGUAUACUGUAUUCGAUUGGGAAAAAGAAAUUGGCCUUGUCUAAUGUAUUCCCUUCCAAAUAAUAUACAUAGCUAAUGUUAUUUUUUCCCAUUUAUGUAUUUUUAACUUUUUGACCAAAACAAAUUAUAAAACUCAAAAUUAUAUUUUCAUUACAACUUUGCACACAUAAUGCCAUGGUAUCUUGGUAAAUCAUACCUCUUCCCACCUCAGACAGUAUAAUAUGAUGGUGCCCUUCAUUCUUAUUGUUUAUAUCUUAAUCGUUUUUGAAAGAAGAGUAAUUAAAAUAAUUUUGAAUUUUAAGCUAUCGUUUGUUGGACCAUUCACCAAUCAUGCAUAUCAAAUGUGCAGGGUCGUCCUGAGGCCUUUUGGGGCCUAGGACAACUAAUGACUCAGAGACUGUAUAAAAAAUUGUUUUGCCUGUUCUAUCACGUCUUACCGCCAACUUAAUUAAACAAUAAUAUCUAAUAUAACAUUGUAAAAAAUCAUAAUUUUAAUGACGAUUAAAAUAAAAACUUAAAAAGAAGCAGAGAUUGAUAACAUUUUUCAGCCAAAAUUGAACUAAAAAAAAAAGCGGCAAGCAAAGAACUAAAUGUCGCGUUUUAUGGUAAAUGGAUUAAACAAAA